AUGAUUAAACAACAGCAACUUAAGGCGCAAAGCGCCCAGGUCCUUCAGACCAUUACAUACGCCACAUAUGCAUAUAAUUCAAAGACGGCAGAACAAACGCAAAGGUUGAAAUAUGAGAGAUUUGAGAUAGUAUUGAAAAAUGACCAUUUUGAAUUCGUUUGCAAAGGUGGUGCAGUGAUAUCAAAUAUAAAAGAAAUUUUAUUUAUGAAUUCAAAAAUUAAAGGAAUAACGGAUGAUAUAACAUCAAUUCCACCAGAAGAACAGAGAUAUUACGCAUUAAAUGCAUUUCCUAAAGUUUUGAAGAUUGGAAGAUUUAAUUUAAAUGAGGAAUUCAUAGAAGGUUUCCUAAAUGACAUAAUGAAGAAGGUGGAUAAGGAAUAUGUGGAUAGUGAGUUAAUGAAGAAAGCAGAUUUAGUUUAUGUAAAUACCGAGUUAAAUAAGAAGGCAAAUUUGGUUUAUGUUGAUGAAAAAGAUAAUGAAAUUAAAGAAAAGGUUGAAGGGUAUCAUGAAUGGACAUUGGAGACUUUUAAAGUUAAAGCUGAUACAGAAUGGGUUUCAGGGUGUUUAGACCUUAAAGCAGAUAAAACUUAUGUUAACGAUGAGUUAGAGAAGAAAGCAGAUAAAACUUAUGUUAACGAUGAGUUAGAGAAGAAAGCAGAUAAGGAAAAAGUUAUUUCAUUCAUUAAUACUGAGUUAGCAAAGAAAGCUGAUAUAUCAUUUGUUAAUGAAGAAAUAAAACAAUAA